AGCAAUCAGUGUUUAGUAGCUCGAAGCUUUUCUUAAUUACAAAUCUUUAACCUGCAAAAUUUCAGCGAGAUGGGAAACUUUAUAUGCCCUGUUACCUCUCCACUGGCCUCUGUAGCUCGAGACAUCUGCCCUUUCCCAGACUACAACCUCAGUCCUCUCUUCACUAACAUGCUGUCCAUCAACUCUUCACGUCACCUGAGGGACCACUACACAGAAGUUCAGUCCUCCCUGAACCCCAAACAGCUGGAGGACUUCACCCAGAACCUGAGGAGAACCUUUGGCAGGGAGGGCAGGGUCUCUUAUGGCGGGGUGGGGGUGGUGGCUCUGUCCCUGGCUGUGCUGUUUGACACCCUGGCUAAACAGGCAAGAGGAGAGUGGGUGCCAGACUCAGGACCCAUCCCAGGUUUAUUCUUCAAAGAUCUAGGGGGGUACUACCCACCACAUGUCUACACAACAAGUCAGUACCUGAGGCUGGUUCCUCACGCUGCUAACAACCCUGACAGGAUGAGAAAGCUGACAGAGAGAUACUUGAAGAAGAUGAAAAUUGAAGACCAAGCACUGGCAAAAUCUGGACUUGACCAAGAACUUCUUCUUGAAGACAUCUCUGUACUAAAUGUGCUUGUAAGUGUGGUGUUGGCAUUGGACGCAAAGAAAAUCUACUUGCACAUUAACGGCACUGAUAGUGAUGAGCUGAUAAGCAGUUCUUCUUUAAAGGAUCCAAAUGUCACCUUCAGUUUAAAUUGUGACAUAAAGACAGCCGACCAACAAUUUUUGGCUGAAGUGCAAAAAUCUGACAUUCACAUCCAAGAGGCGUUUAAAGAACUUGUGACAGAUCAACAAGAGUCAUUACUGUUGCAGGUAGCUAAGACAGAUAUUUCAAGUGAAUUUUUCAACUUUUUGUUAUGUUCAAAACAAACUGAUACCAAUAUCCAAAGAGUAGACUUUGACCUGAAGGCCAAUGCAUUGGGAACAUGGAGAGAGUAGUUAACAAUAUAGCAUUAGCUAGAACAUGCAGAUGCCGUUUGAUGGAUCUUUUCAAUUCAUUAAGGAAUAUUUUUUUAUUGUUUUUCCAUUUGUAAACAUGCUAGGUAUUUGAGCUUGUGUAACUUUGUCAAGUUUCAUGAUUCAUUUCUUUCAACAGUUGCAGUGUUGAAAAUCAAGUGUUGACUUAAAAUCUUAGUGGUAUUUAGAUUUCAAGACUAUGUACUAUAUUACUACUUGAGUGUAAUUCUCAUCUGUACUUCAAGACUUUGUAUCAAUAAAUUUAAAUUUGAUUC